CUAAAUGAAAUAAGAAAAUAAUCGUGGACAGCUGUACUGGCGGUUGGAGGUUCUGUACAGUGGGAGUCGGCGAGUGCCGCUUACUGACACAAUGUCACUGCAAAGGUGUCAAACUGAAUGGGGAGAAAUUGACCAAGAAUAUCAACAGUUACAGGAAACUCACAAAGUGUACAGACAGAAGCUCGAUGAGCUCACCAACCUCCAGGCAACAUGCAGCAGUGCCAUUAGUAAACAGAGGAAGGGUCUAAAAGACCUCCGGCACAGUCUGCGCAAAUGUACAAAAACAAGCGAUGAGAAAGAAACAGAACUGAUCAAAGACAUCCAAAUGCAAAUUAAAGACAAAGAACAUUUCUUCUUUGAUAUGGAAGCCUAUUUGCCAAAGAAGAAUGGAUUGUACUUAAAUUUGGUCCUUGGCAAUGUGAAUGUCACACUCCUCAGCAACCAGGCUAAAUUUGCCUACAAAGAUGAAUAUGAGAAGUUCAAGCUUUGCAUGACAAUAAUCUUGAUGUUUGCUGCCAUAACCUGUCUCUUCUUGUUCAAUUACCGUGUCACAGAUGAAAUCUUCAACUUCUUGCUGGUUUGGUACUAUUGCACUUUGACCAUAAGGGAAAGCAUCCUCAUGAGCAAUGGGUCCCGGAUCAAAGGGUGGUGGGUCUCCCAUCAUUACGUCUCUACCUUCCUAUCAGGUGUAAUGCUUACCUGGCCAGAGGGGUCCAUGUAUCAGAUGUUCAGAAGUCAAUUCCUUGCCUUCUCCAUAUAUCAGAGCUUUGUGCAGUUUCUUCAAUAUUACUAUCAAAGUGGCUGCUUAUACAGGUUACGAGCUUUGGGGGAAAGAAAUCAGUUGGACCUCACAGUGGAGGGGUUCCAGUCAUGGAUGUGGCGAGGGCUCACCUUCCUCUUGCCAUUCCUCUUCUUCGGACAUUUCUGGCAGCUGUACAAUGCUUUGACCCUGUUUCGGUUGGCAGGACAUAAAGACUGUAAAGAGUGGCAGGUAUUUAUGUUGGCACUGACAUUUCUUGUCCUAUUCCUGGGGAAUUUUCUUACCACAUUGAAAGUUGUUCGCCAAAAAGUCCAGGAAAACCCAGAGAAGGUGCAAAAGCAAGAGUGACUACAAGUCUGACUACAGCUCAGACUCCCAAGUGGCCAGUGACCAUGAAACAAAAUGGCACUUUGAAACGCACAAAUCGAUGGGAAUAUGGACUGCAGGGGGUUUUUGCCAGGAAAAGACAGAGUGAAGAGAACGAUGUGUCUCAGCCUUGAUGACAGCUGCAACAUUAACCAAUAACCUUGGCUGAAUGUGCUUUUGUUUCCAAUAGUUUGUCGUUGUCCUUGCUACACAUGCAAUCACAACACAGAGCGGCCUUCUUCUGGCAGAUGAACCACUGCGAUCCUGGACCAUUUGAGGCUUGAUCCUGUAGAUUUAGAGUAAUUGGACAGACUUAUUCAUUAUGGUGUGGAUGUAUUUAGGACAGAGCAUGAACUACAUGUACAGAGAUCCACUCUAAACUAUAUGCAACUAAACAAAGACGGGUAGCAUUAGGUCAUGAGAAGAGGUUAGAUUUACCUACAAAGUAUAUGUACUGUCAAUACUUCACACAGCUGUUUUCGGUAUGGAAUAUUUGAAUACAUGCAUGGCACAGCAAUUUUCACUGUUCGCAACAACAAGUGUCUCGUUUUGAUAUAUUCUUCAGUAAAGAUGCAUUGAACUAUACAAUUCUUCCGGUGUGCUGUUUGAAAGUAAACAUGUUUCUUUUCUCUGGAUAUUGACAUGUUGAUGCGGGUACAUCUUAUAUAAAGAACUAAAGCCUGCUUUUUAUUUUAGCAAUGUACCAGCCAGGACUUGUUAACUGAUCAUAGACAUUUACAAACUUUAACAGCAGCCAUUUACUACCAUUGUUUGGGUUGAUUUGGCAACCAUAAAUUACAGCUGUUCUAUUUUUAAAUAAUACUAUUUUAAAUAAUGAAUAUACUAAUACAUGUCAAGGUUUUAGAAUACAAGGAUUUUCUUUCCCUUCUGCAAUGCACCUUGUUAACCUGAGUUCCUGAUGUCUUAACUUCAGUGGGUUCAGAAUUAAGACAAAUCCAUUUUUAAAUCAUUCCUGUAAUCUAGUUCAAAAUUAUAACCCUUUCAAUGAAUGAUUAUUUGAGUCCUGUCCAAUUCAGGCUGUGCUGGUUGUUUUGAGUUCACCUUUGUCACAGUAUGCUGUGUCUACUUUAAACAAUUGCUGCUAUGAGCACUGGUACUUUGAGCAAAUGAUUGGGAAUAAUGUCUUCAGUACAAAUGUGCUGGCGUGAUCAAAUUCUAUAACUCUGCUGACAUACCGUAUGUAUUGUAAUGCAUCAACUCUGAACUAAGGCAAAAUCUCAUGAGCUUGUGUAUCCCUUUUCAGUGUCCUUUAAUUUUGAACUGUAGUAUUAGAUCUGAACAACUUGGUACUUAGUGACAGCGCUCUAAUGCCUUCUCUCCCUGUAGCCUGUCACAAUUACUUGAUUUUUGUUCCAUUUGGAAUCGAUUGUUUUGUUAUUGAGGAAAUCUAAGGUCUUGGAUAUUAGUCUUGAUUCCGUAAAGAAGAAGAAGAAAUCCAUUCUACGCUUGAAGGGAGCCACUCUUUUUGUUAUACUUGUCGGCAAAAGCCUGUUACUGACCAUUAGUCCAAAAUGUUACAUUCUGUUUGUAACAUCAAAACUGCCGCAAUGCACUACACAACAGCACCUAUUUCCUCAUAUGUUGUGGUAUUGGUUUCAUGUCAUGGCUUGUCCCAUCAUAAGACUGUACCUUGUGCCUAAACGUAUCACUGUAACAAGAGAGUGAUUUCAUUGAUUCUGUCUCUGAUUACAGGAUGUUAUCUGAGAGGCAUUUAUUUACAUUGAUAUAAGGCCCUGUGUUUUGGAACUAGCAAAUAUUAAUUGAUAAGUCUUGUAACAAAUGUAUUUGCUUAGCAAAGAAAUAUAUACAUCAGCUUUCACAUUUUAUUCAGUUGCCUAUCUACAGUACUACUGUAGGACAUUGCUAUGUCAGUGUUUUUUCAUAGCAACCACCACUAGUGGGCACUGUCAUUAAACUUUAGAAAACUGCAAUAGAUAUUUGUCCAGACUCCAGCUCUGAAAGGAACUGAUGUCUAUCAGCUUUCAACCACAAUAGUAAAUAGUUGUAAAUUGUCCUGGCAAUGUAAAAGGUGCAGUCUACUUAUCAUCCUCUGCAGAAAGGGUAAGUCGCUUACAUGAACAUGUGUAAUGGCAGUGGUGUAAAGUACUCUAGUAAAAAUACUUUAAAGUACGA